GCGGUCAGAUUGCGCGCACGCGGUCUUUCUCUUUCCCGGUCAACAUGGCGGCAUCCAUGGCAUCACAGGCUGUAGCAAGAGGUUUACGCGGAGCAAGUGCUAAGUACUUAUUUCUUGACAAAUUCAAGUGUGCACGGGUGAGUUCCAGGCGAUGGCUUAACCUGCAGGAGUACCAGAGCAAGAAGCUGAUGCAGGAGAGUGGGGUGACUGUCCAGCGUUUCUACGUGGCUGACAAUCCUCCCGACGCCCUGCAGGCCGCCAAGAGACUCAACGCCAAGGAGAUAGUCCUGAAGGCCCAGAUACUGGCUGGGGGACGAGGGAAGGGUGUGUUCAGCAGUGGCCUUAAAGGUGGAGUGCACUUAACUAAAGACCCCUCUGUGGUGGGUGAGCUGGCCAGUAAGAUGCUAGGCUAUAGCCUGACCACCAAGCAGACGCCAAAGGAAGGAGUGGAAGUAAAAACGGUGAUGGUGGCUGAAGCCCUGGACAUCACCAGAGAGACCUACUUUGCCAUCCUGAUGGACCGGGCCUGCAACGGCCCCGUCAUGGUGGGCAGUCCUCAGGGUGGGAUGGACAUAGAGGAGGUUGCCGACAAAUCCCCAGAACUCAUCUUUAAGGAAGUUAUAGAUAUUUUCGAGGGCGUGCGAGAUGACCAGGCGCUCCGCAUGGCAGCUAAUUUGGGUUUCAAAGGACCUCUGAAAAGACAGGCUGCAGAUCAGAUUAUGAGGCUCUAUGAUCUGUUCCUGAAAGUCGACGCCACUCAAGUUGAAGUCAAUCCUCUCGGAGAGACUCCCGAAGGACAAGUGGUGUGCUUUGAUGCCAAGAUCAGCUUUGACGAUAAUGCAGAGUUCCGUCAAAAAGCCGUCUUUGCCCUGGACGACAUGUCAGAGAGCGAUCCCACAGAGACAGAGGCAGCCAAAUGGGACCUCAAGUACAUUGGCUUGGAUGGAAACAUUGCCUGCUUUGUGAAUGGGGCUGGUUUGGCUAUGGCCACGUGUGACAUCAUCGACCUCCAUGGAGGGAAACCGGCCAACUUCCUAGACCUGGGAGGAGGAGUGAAGGAGAAACAGGUUUACGAGGCCUUCAAACUGCUCACUGCCGACCCCAAGGUGGAGGCCAUCCUGGUGAACAUCUUCGGGGGCAUCGUCAACUGUGCCAUCAUUGCCAACGGCAUCACCAAGGCUUGCCGUGAGCUGGAGCUCAAAGUUCCCCUGGUUGUCAGGCUGGAAGGGACAAAUGUGCAGGAGGCCAAGAGGAUCCUGUCAGAGAGUGGACUGCCCAUCGUAGCCGCCAAUGACCUGGAUGACGCUGCCAAGAAAGCUGUGGCCGCCAUUACCAGGAAGUAGAGAGCCUCAGCCUUCCAUAGCACUGACCAGUCCUUUCCCCUCUCUGUUCUGAGCACCCUAGUCCCUCCUAACUCCACCCAAAACCAACCAUGCUGGCUCCUGUUCCACUGCACAGGGCAUGUACACCAAUCAUUCAAAUCCCAGUGCAAGAGGCGUCAUUACAGUCCCUGGUUUGAAUCCAGGCUGUAUCACAUCCGGUCGUGAAUGGGAGUCCCAUAGUGUGGCGCACAAUUGGCCCAGCAUCGUCCAGGUUUGGCCGGGGUAGGCCGCCAUUGUAAAUAAGAAUUUAUUCUUAGCCGACUUGCCUAGAUAAAAACAAAAAAAGAGACAAAAUAUUCAGCCCAUCGCUACGUUUCAACCUCCUGUGUUAUCAUGAUUACCGUAACUGCAAUAUAUCAGGUUGAUUUAUCAUAUAGCUUUUAUCUAUUUUCUGAUCAUAAAGUUUACACUAUAUUUCUGAGAUUUGUUGGUAUUUGGUUAGGUUUAUUCUAUAUUUCUGAGAUUUGUUGGUAUUUGGUUAGGUUUAUUCUAUAUUUCUGAGAUUUGUUGGUAUUUGGUUAGGUUUAUUCUAUAUUUCUGAGAUUUGUUGGUAUUUGGUUAGGUUUAUUCUAUAUUUCUGAGAUUUGUUGGUAUUUGGUUAGGUUUAUUCUAUAUUUCUGAGAUUUGUUGGUAUUUGGUUAGGUUUAUUCUAUAUUUCUGAGAUUUGUUGGUAUUUGGUUAGGUUUAUACUAUAUUUCUGAGAUUUGUUGGUAUUUGGUUAGGUUUAUACUAUAUUUCUGAGAUUUGUUGGUAUUUGGUUAGGUUUAUUCUAUAUUUCUGAGAUUUGUUGGUAUUUGGUUAGGUUUAUACUAUAUUUCUGAGAUUUGUUGGUAUUUGGUUAGGUUUAUUCUAUAUUUCUGAGAUUUGUUGGUAUUUGGUUAGGUUUAUUCUAUAUUUCUGAGAUUUGUUGGUAUUUGGUUAGGUUUAUUCUAUAUUUCUGAGAUUUGUUGGUAUUUGGUUAGGUUUAUACUAUAUUUCUGAGAUUUGUUGGUAUUUGGUUAGGUUUAUUCUAUAUUUCUGAGAUUUGUUGGUAUUUGGUUAGGUUUAUUCUAUAUUUCUGAGAUUUGUUGGUAUUUGGUUAGGUUUAUUCUAUAUUUCUGAGAUUUGUUGGUAUUUGGUUAGGUUUAUACUAUAUUUCUGAGAUUUCUUGGUAUUUUUAUGUUGGUGACUCUUUAAUUGUGCAUUCCAUUUUGAUAAGCUGAGAAACUUAAAUGUAUUUCUAUAGCUAUAUGAUUACCUUUUCAAAAAAGCAAGAAUAACAUUGUAUAACAUUGGUGUUAUUGUUUUAUUAAACCAUAGUAAUACAAAAGGAAAGACAAGGAUUUUUCAAAGUAAAUGACAUGUUCCAGACUGCAUUUUCAGAUGCCACUGUGAAAUCAUUCAAAAACGUAUCCCGGUAUUCAGGAAUGCAUAGUAGUGUGUAGCUCACUUGACCCGCCUGGAGUAUUAGAGAGCAGCUUUUAAUGGAUUAUGAUUUUGUGUAAUUGUUUAUGCGUUGUAGUAGGUGACCUCACUGUUUUGCAUUUGUUAAAAUCCAGUUUAUUGAUGCCUUAAUCAGAGGUCCUUAGUAUGUGAAACCUCAACCUCACAUGAGUAUUACAGUAUGUUUGAAACAACUCGUAUGAAAUGUAAAAUGUUGUUGCCCUGUUAACUUUGUAAUUCCAUGUAUGAUUUUAAAGUAGGUCUACUACUUUAAUCUAUAUAGCAGUAUGUAACUUUGAUAAAUCAUCUGUGCCUACUUGAUGAGGGUAAAAACUGGUUUGUGAAGCCAACCAGCCAACACACUGUCCGUCAUAUGAAUAAUGCGGUAGAGAUAGUUUAAAUGAAAUAUUGUAAUUAGAUUUUUAUAAACGUGAAUGUAUGUCAUUCAGUUGAGAUUGGGUCAACUGUACAGUAUGAAUAAUUGGAGAGUUUAGUAAAGGUGACUAAGUAUUGUC